AUGAAAUUAAGUUUAAUAUUAAUUGUUUUUUUAAUUUCUAAUUGCGUAUAUUCAGCAUUGGCAGAAAACAAUUGGUCCUAUUUCCAUGUUUUUGGUACUAAUGGAGCCCAAUGCGGCGUAGGUGGUGUCAAUAUAAAUAUUAACGAAGUUUGUAAAAAGACUUGUGGUGGUAAUGUAAUAAUUGUAAAGCAAACACAACCAUUAGUUGAAAAUGGAUACACAUUUAAUUUCUAUUCAAACGACGAUAAUACUUGUGAAAGAACUCCAAUUUCAUCCGAUGCAUUUGUAUGUAAAAAAGAAAACGAAGCUGUUGUAGUAAAUUCCAAUUUCAAUGUAACUUGUUAUAUGGCCGGUACUCCUGCUCCAGGUAGUGCAUCCACUAUUUCUUUAAAUAUUGGUCUUUUAAUGUCAAUUCUAUUCUCUUUACUAUUUUUACUAAAUUAAUAACUUUUUAAAUAAAAAUAAUUUUAAAGAUUUUAAAU